GUCAUCCAUUGAUCCAUUCAGAACUUUGUCGCGGUCUAUACUGUCCGCUUGGGACUAAAGUCGGCUCAGUCUACUAGCAACGGUGGCAGUGUUGUGUGUGUAACGUGCAUUAUUUAUUAUCAAAAUCCAACCCACCAUCAGCUUUACUAGUGCUCGGUUAGAAGCCGUGGCCUGUGAAAGAAAAACGAACGGACAGUGUGUCAGUAGGAAUCGGUCACUACUUUUGGUGCGGUGCGCGUGUUCGACGGGUUCGACGGCAAGGAGCGGAAAAUAAUUUAUAUUUUGAAAUCCAUAACAACCGAAUAAAGUGUUGCGAGUGAGUAUCAUUCGCGGAACAGUGCCCAGUUCAGUGUGCGUGCGAGGUGAAAUACCUCCAAGGGAGGAAUCUUGUACAGAAUAGUGGUUCCUAUGAUCUUGUUUUUGAUUACGCUUCAGAAACGAAUGUAAACAAAGGGCAUUUGGUAAGAUCGUUUUGGGUGGUGCUUGUGAAAAAGAAGCAUUUUUUUUAUCGAGAGUCACUGCAAACAACACCCCGGAGCGCAGGUAGCUGCGAUUAAGUAAUUCAGUGAAUGGCAACAGUAACUGUUGUUGGCAAGGGGGAGGCCACCCUGUGAAGAAAGUCAAGUACAAAGUUCUGGAAAAGUAGCUCUGGUGUGUGCAUUGAAGUGAGAAAAGUUUAUCGCGAAAAACGGUUCCCAAUUUUUAAUAAUAAAAAGCAUCGAAACGGUUUCGCUUGAGCUGGGAAAAUGAGCACGGAAGCGGAACUUCGACGACGAAACAUCGGUGAGGGAGAUUCCCUGGGCGAAUCUCAACUCAAACCGGAAGACAUCAGCAAGCAGGCCCCACAGGAAUCGACCACUGCGGAAAGUUCUGAUCAUAUCGAUUCAGAAGAGGAAAAGCUACCUGACGAAAAGCAUGUCGACAGGUUGGCCAAAACGCUACCCCAAGGAACGAACAAAACACCGGAGGUACUCGGUCAUGCACUCAGUGGACUACCGGACAGAUGGAAGAAUUGGGUGAUAAGAGGCAUCUUCACAUUUAUCAUGAUCAGUGGAUUUUGUCUUAUCAUCUACGGUGGUCCACUGGCGCUAAUGAUUACGGCCCUGUCCGUGCAGGUGAAAUGCUUCGAAGAAAUCAUCUCGAUCGGUUAUUCCGUAUACCGAAUCCAUGGACUGCCCUGGUUCCGCAGUCUCUCGUGGUACUUCCUGGUCACGUCCAACUACUUCUUCUAUGGCGAGAAUCUGGUUGACUACUUUGGCGUGGCCGUCAAUCGAGUGGACUCGCUGCGGUUCCUAGUCAAGUACCAUCGCUUCCUGUCGUUCUGCUUGUACUGCAUCGGGUUCGUAUGGUUCGUCCUGUCGCUGGUCAAGAAGUACUACAUGAAACAGUUCAGCCUUUUCGCUUGGACCCACGUGGCUCUGUUGAUUGUGGUUACCCAAAGCUAUCUGAUCAUUCAGAACAUUUUCGAGGGAUUGAUCUGGUUCAUCGUGCCGGUUUCGAUGAUCGUUUGCAACGACGUGAUGGCGUACAUGUUUGGUUUCUUCUUCGGUCGGACACCGCUCAUCAAGCUUAGCCCGAAGAAGACCUGGGAGGGCUUCAUCGGGGGUGGAUUUGCAACGGUGCUGUUUGGAUUGCUAUUUUCUUACUACUUCUGCCAGUUUCAGUACUUUGUCUGUCCGAUCGAGUACUCGGAAAGCGCUGGGCGGAUGACGAUCGAGUGCGAACCGAGCUAUCUGUUCCAACCGCAGGAAUACAGCUUUCAACUGUUCGGAUCUAUGAAGUCGAUUACCAUCUAUCCAUUCAUGUUGCAUUCGCUGUCGUUGAGCAUCUUCAGCUCCGUCAUUGGACCAUUCGGAGGAUUCUUUGCAUCUGGAUUCAAGCGAGCAUUUAAGAUCAAGGACUUUGGAGACAUGAUUCCCGGACACGGAGGUAUUAUGGACCGUUUCGAUUGCCAGUUCCUGAUGGCAACGUUCGUUAAUGUGUACAUCUCUAGUUUCAUCCGCUCGGCGUCACCCCAGAAGCUCUUGAAUAUGGUUUACAGCCUCAAGCCGGAACAGCAGCUGCAGUUGUUCAACCAACUGAAGGACAGUCUCGAGGAACGAAACAUCAUCAAUCAGUUGAAUUAGAUCUCCACUUCGCUUCGACGAUGACGGGGGUAAAUUUUGGAGAAAGUAAUCGUACUGAAUACGCAAUAUCUUACAUGGAUGUUCUACAUAAUUACAUUCACAUGCAUGCUAAGUUUCCCACAUAAAAAAAAAAACAAUCAGAUUUAGGAAACACCACUGGAUUAUACGUAUCGCUUAGGAGAUGUUUGAAAUUUUACCGAACAAUCUGUUGUCGUUUUGAUUAAAUACAUAUUUUACACCAACUUCAUACUGUUUAACUCGGACAACACAAAACCAUCAUCGGGAGAUUAAAAAAAAAAACUAGUCUAAGAUGCUAUGCAUGCAGAAAAUUUGACAAAAAGGACCUAAAAGAGAUGUUUAACCCGUCGUUGCUAUCUGCAGUAAGAUUUUAUGAUAAUCUCUAUAUUUAACGUCAGUGCGCUGAUGAUAGAUUGUCGACCCUCGCCGCUAUCGGAAGCAGCCGUAGCGUAUUGUUAUCGUAAUGUAAUCAGUAAUAUUAUUAACAUUUAUUGUUUGCAAAGUUUGCAGUGAAGAUGGAACAUCCUAGCAAAUAUGACUAUAGAGCAGAUUUCUGAGUCAGACCGUGUGGUGUUUUAUUUUAAAAUCGCGACGUCGCUGUUCACGAGAGCAAGAAAUGCAACGUGUGUAGGAUGUGCGCAGUUCUCUUCUACAUUCCGAAGUCUGCCAAAGCGUAGAAAAAGGCCCUUUGCUUAUUUGAUUUUGAUAGGUAGUUUGAUUUUUGCACUGCUACCUAAAUCAGCGAUCGAGCAGGAAUGUAGCGCAAAGUUAGUGCAAUUCAGUGUCCCCCUAUCAUAUGUUCUGUUACCUUUGUUCCGUUGCGUUUCGUUAAGUAACUGUGUAGGAGUAUUUCCUGACCGUAACCUUCUUCGGUUGGGUAUGUUAGAGCUUUAUUAUUUGUCGCACUGUACAAUAGGUGGUUCUAGGUUAUUAUUAGAUAUUCUACGUUAUUAGUUGCAUAUGUUAUCGGUGUUUUCCGUUUUUAGUGUGUAGUUCUAUGAUAAUGAUAUAUGUGAUCCUUGCUGUCCCCUUUCCUCCUGGAACUUUAAUCCAACAUCAACAUCUUCCUAUUCAUCCGAAGAAUCACAUGAGCGAACAUAUUCAUACAGGAAUUAUUUAUGAACAAACAGAAUGAUAUAUAACCAAAAUUGUCAGCAAAUUGUACGAGAAUAUAAUGCAAAGAAUUUUAGUAAAUGUAAACGUAAAGCAAGUAUUUAUGUGCAAAAUCCUGAAUGCGUGAAUGAUAUCUAGAAGUAAUGUUGUACCAACAAAGAUUCUCGAAAAAAGUAAUAUAAAUUCGCAAAUUUCAAUGUAUCACAUAUGGACAUAUAUACAAAUCUAAUAAGAACACAUUAUAUUAUGGAAAGUGCAGCUACACGACUACACUGUUGUCUGUCUUCUCCUUUUGGGUGGAAGGCGGGCAAUAUAAAGAGAGUGUGGAACAAUCCAAAAGUAGCAGAAUCGAGUCGAUGUAAAGGUAGAAGGAUCUUUUUCUAAGCAGAUUAUGUGAACCCAAAAUUGUGUAAUGUUGGUUAUAUUACAGAUGGAUUGAAAUGAUUGGCGAAACGACAAAGAAGUGCAACGAUAGAUUUAAUAAAUAGAAUUCCCUACAUGUAACUGUGUA